AUGCUGAGAAUAUUGUUGAUAGAAGCAGCUGUAUUUUUAACAAGUUCCUAAUUUCUUAUUAAGAGUGAAGACCCAAAUUCAAUGAAAUCUAGUAUAUUGUUAAUUGAUGAUAGGCUGGAAUAUAUCAAAAGGAUAAUGGUUAAUCUAUGAUUAUUAAAACACUUAGUAUUUUGGAGAUAAGUAUAUAUAAAGUGAUACAAACAUCCUUUAAAAUUUAUACAAUCUAUCACAUCCCCAUUAUUUAGUUUAAGUAGAAAUCGAUAUGAUUGUCAAUGAUAAAAUUAAAAAUGUAGUUGUAUAAUUAGAUGAUUAAAAUCAAACUUACGUGAACAAUCAAUCCAUGGUCGAGACAAUCAAAAUUAACUUUUAUUUUGAGCAUCAUUCUCAAAUAGCCUGUAUUAGAAUUUCAAUAUAAUCAAUUAAUGAUUAUACUAAUUAUUAUUGGGGAAUCAGUUAAUUUAAGAUUUCAACAUUUAAUUGUUCAUAAAAUGUUGAGUAUUGCGAAACUUAUUAAAAUAUGCCUUGGAAAAUUCUGUAUGAUUAGGACAAAGUUAAUUUAAGCUUAGUAGAUCAUCGGUAUUUUACUAACUCAGAAUUAUCAUGCUAGAGUAAUUAUUUUAAUAUGUAUUUAUCUAGACUUUAAAUGGUUUACUUCAAAUGUAAAUGUAAAUUCCAAAUAAUUAUUUGAUUAUUAAUUACGAGUAAAAGGCUCGAUUUUAGUGAAAAUUAGAUUUAAACUAUUGAUAAACUACUUUACAAAUUUUAAUGUCGUUUUAGGCAGGAAUUCUACUAUAUUAAAUUUUGUUUUAAAUUAAGUUGAUUUUCAUUUUCUAUAUUAUUGUAGUUAUUUAGAAUACGAUGUAUUUUAAAUUGAAAUAGAUACAAAUGUUUAAAAUGAAGAUUAACUAUUGUUACAAUUACAAUUUCAAUACAAUCCUUGGGUUAAUAUUUUUGAUUUUAGAGUUUAUCACAUUGAAGAAGAUAAUGAAUAAUAAGCUUAGGCUAUUUUUGGAUGCUUGCAUGCUCUUUAUGAUUAAUGUUUAAUUUGUUAAGAAGGCUGGAUUUAUAAUCCUAUUAUUAAAUCCUGUUAAAUGAAUUUAGGUGAUGAAAAUCGAAAUUUAGUUUUAUCUUAGGAUGAUCGUCAAUCAGAAUAUUCUGGUAGUAUCAAUUAGAUAUAAAGCUUACCUAUUUUUGAAUAAUAAAUAAGUCUAUUUUUGAUAUCUGAAUUAAUAGGGUUUAAGGAAGGUGGAAAUAUUAUAAAUAUUUUAUCAAUUUGUGGGGAUGGAGUUGUUGGAAUGAAUGAAGAAUGUGACGAUUCUAAUUAAUUUUAGUUUGAUGGAUGUUUUAAUUGUUAAUUUUCUUGUCCUUUGAAUUGUUAAUAAUGUAAUUAUGGUAAAUGUGUAACAUGUGAUUUGGGUUAUGAAUUAAUUAAAUAAUAAUGUACAUCUAUUUGUGGAGAUCAAUUAAUACAACAAUAUGAGAUAUGUGAUGAUGGAAAUUAAAUUAAAUUUGAUGGAUGUUAUUAAUGUUAAAGUAAUUGUUAAAUAGAAUGUUAUAAUUGUAUAUCUGCUUAUUGUGUGGAAUGUUAAGAAGGUUGGAAUUUAAUAGAUGGUAAAUGCGAAUAAAUGUGCGGUGAUGAGUAGGUUGCAAUUAUGUCAUAUGAAUAAUGUGAUCGUCUUAAUGAUAAUACUUGUGUUAACUGUUAAUUUAGAUGUGAAUAUAAUUGUUUGACUUGCUAAUCACCUUAGCAAUGUACAAUUUGUUCAUAUUCAUAUUAAUUAUUAGAUGGUACUUGUAAAUCAGUUUGUGGAGAUGGUAUAGUAAACAAUGAAUUUGAAGAUUGCGAUGAUGGAAAUAACAUUAUGUAUGAUGGUUGUUUUGAAUGCUCGUUACAAUGUUCUCUUGGAUGUAUCUUAUGUGAGGUAGAUAAUUAUUGUAAGAAGUGUGAUUCAUAAUUCUAUAAACUUGACCUAUCUACACAUUUAUGUGAAAUUAUCCCAAAGUAGGAUACAGAAGAUACUAAUCAAAACAAUGAAAAUUUAGAUUCAGAAAAUCAAAACAAUAAUUUGCAUUGUAAUUAUAAUUACAUAUAUGUUGAUGGAUUAUGUAUUAAUUAAUGUGGUAAUGCAAAGCUUUAAUAUUAAUAUGAAUAAUGUGACGAUGGUAAUACAAUAGGAGGAGAUGGAUGCUCUCAAUCUUGCACUAUAGAAAAUUAAUUUAUUUGUGAAACAAUUGAAGCUUAACAAAGUGAAUGCCUUUUUUUAAAACUUCCUGAUUUUUAUUUAAAUUUAAUAUCUGAUAAAAAAAACCAAACUUAAACUGUUGAAUUAACUUUCACCCAACAAGUAAGACUUAAAAUUGAAAUGGAUUUCGAAGAAUGGGCUUAAAUUACCGUUCUUCCUGAAACUGAUUACCUUUUAAAUGUUAUUUCAAUUACUAAUUUAACAACCUUGUUUAGUUUCCCAAAGUAUCACAUAAAUAUUAUAUUUAACAAACCUGUUAAUGACCCAAUAUUCUAAAUUACUAUAUAUAAAUCUAGCAUUUCAAGUGAAGAUAACCAAGAACCUUAAAAUUCAAAAAAAAUUAUUAAUCUUGGAUAACCUUUUGUUUUACCAGAGUCAACAAAGUAAUAAGUAAUGUAGAUUACUCAAAUGAAUGAUGCCAUGAUGUAUUCAAUGAUGUCCAUUUCUACUUUAGCCCUUGCAACAGGAAAUGCAAUUCUGUUUUUCAAUAUGCUAGAUUUAUUGCAAUCACUAUCUUACAUUAGAUUUAUGCAAUACUAGUUUCCUCCUCAUUUAAAAUAAUUUCUUGAUACCUAUACCAAAGUUUCUCUAAAACCCAUUUUGGAUUAUUUUUAAGUAGAUUCCCUAAUAGCCAAAUUGAAUGGAGGAUCUCUCCCAUAUUAAAGUAGUAGAAGUUCAGCAAGUACUUCAUCGAUUAAUACCUUAAAUUGCUAUUAUUUAAUUAAUGCAAAAAGUUGCUAUUUUUCAUUAGCAGCAUCAUUAAUGACUUAUUUUCUUAGUAUUUUAUUAAGUCAUGAAUUAGUUAAUAAAUAUGCACAAAAAUUGUUUAAUAACCACCUCUAUAAUUAAAAAUACUUAAAAUUAAUAACAACAUUUUAGAGGGAUAUUCAACUAAAAUGUUUGAAAUUGAAAAAUUAAUACUUCUCAACUGGAAUUUAUUAAGUUUAUUUUGCUGCACUCCAUUAACUCUGCUUUAGCACUUUUUUAUAAUUUCCAGAGUACUCAGUGAAUUCAAUAUUUGAAAUUUUUAAUUCAAUUAGUGCUAUUAUUAGUUGUAUUGUAAUAAUAUAUAUUUCUUUCAAAUCAUUUGCAAUAACAUCAGCAAUUAUUAAAGAUACUCAAAAGUGGAAAUAUUUUUAUGAAGAAUCAAAGGAUUCAUUUUGGGCUGUAAACAUUAAGUCUUUUUAAAUUUACAGGAUUUAAUUUUAUAUAUUUGUAAUAGUAUAUCUGAUCAAUUAUCCUGAAGCAUAAUCUAUAUCAUUAUCAACAUUUUCGCUUUUUUAUUUGUUUUUCUUACUCAAAUUUAGACCUCUUAAGUCUUAAUAUGAUUUAACAAAACUCAUUAUAAAGGAAAUACUAUUUUCAUUAAUCAUUGGAUCCUUCCUUGUUUAUAGUUACAAUUUGGAUAAUAAACUUAACUUACUUUUUGGAUGGAUACAUAUAGGAAUGUUUUCAUUAAUGUUGGCUUCCAAUCUUGUAAUUGAUAUAGUAGAAUAGGUCUAAAAAGUUUAUAAAAAUUAUCUCAAAAGAAAGUUUAGAUAAUAAUAAUACGAGGUCUAACUUUACAUAAAUAAUCCACUAUAAAAAUUUAUAUAAUUUGAAUACAAUAGGAAACACUUAAAAUGA